UCUCUCUCUCUACAUGUUUAUCCCAAGACGCACAAUCUUUGUUUCUCUCUCCUCAUCUCCUCCCACCAUUUCCCCUCCUUGAUUUCAGUGUUCCUUCCCAGAUCGAUCCCCUUCCACCUUCACCUUCACCUUCACCAUGUCUACCUGCAAAUUCCAAAUCCACCCUGAACCACUCGACCUCUUCGACCUCAUCCCCGACUCCAUCCUCCUCUUAAUCCUCAACAACAUCGCCGAUGUCAAAACCCUAGGCCGCUGCUCCCUUCUUUCCAAACGCUUUCAUUCCCUAGUCCCUCAGGUCCAAAACGUCCUCGUUCGCGUCGACUGCGUCAUCUCUGAUGAUGACUCCACCUCCUCCUCCUCCUCCGCCUCCGAUAAGUCCCGAGGAGGAGGACCCUUUUCCUCUCUUCUCCGCCUUCUUGUUGGUGGAAUUGUUAAACCCAUUCAAGCGAUUGGACAGCUUUUAGGUCCUAAGAGAUCCACCAUUUUGGCACCCUCACCGUCUUCAGCCUUAUCUGUUAAUAAUAACAACACUAGUGGUGAUGAUGAACAACAUUCAGAUGGAGUUACUCAUCAUUCACCAACACAAGUGCUCAAAAACUUUGACGAGAUAAAGUUUCUCAAAAUCGAGCUUCCGAGUGGUGAAUUAGGUAUAGAAGAUGACGUGUUGUUGAAAUGGAGGGCGGAUUUCGGAUCUACACUUGAUAAGUGUGUGAUUCUUGGUGCAUCUUCAGUGAUCCAUCCCCAAAUUGUUGCAUCCGGUAACGUCAUGAAUGAUGGUGGAGAUGAUAACGGGAGUAUACCAGAGUCGUUUUACACCAACGGUGGGUUGAAGUUGCGCGUGGUGUGGACGAUAAGCUCGUUGAUAGCAGCUUCAGCGCGGCAUUACUUGCUGCAACCGAUAAUUUCGGAGCAUAAGACGUUGGACAGUUUGGUUUUGACGGAUGUGGAGAGACAAGGGGUGUUGUGUAUGAAUAAAGAGCAGUUGGAGGAGUUGAGGGUGAAGCCGUUGUCGGCUUCUUCGGCUUCGAAGAGGACGUUGGUGCCUGCGUUGAAUAUGAAGCUUUGGUAUGCGCCGUAUUUGGAGUUGCCGAACGGAAGUGUGUUGAAAGGGGCUACAUUGGUGGCGAUUAGGCCGAGUGAGCAAGCGGGUCAGAAGGAUGUUUCAGAUGGGUCGUGGGUUUCGUCUGCGUUUGAGGAGCCUUAUGGAACUGCUGCUAGGAUGUUGGUUAAACGGAGAACUUAUUGCCUUGAGAUGAAUUCCUUUUGAGUUUUCAUGGCGACAUAAAGGCGUUCACUUUUAUGAUGGAUGUUGGAGUUGAAGAUUCUUGAAGGCAAUGGAAACACACAAUUUUGUUAUGUAUGUUAUAUAGAUGAGCUUUGAUGGUGCAAAUGUUACUUGCCUGAAGUGAGAGAGAGAAGAAGAUUGCUGCAUUUGGUUAUUCGACUGAUGUUUGGUGUCGGGUAUGUUUAACUUUAUGUAUGUAAUAAAAAUAUAUGAAAUGUUUAAAAAGGUGAAUAUUUACAGGUAUGAAACAUAGCAGUGAGUGUGUAGAUGUGGGUAUAAUGUAAAAUCAUUCAGUAAUAUUAAACUCAAACUGCCUUUCUUGUGAAUAAGUUUUGAAAUUUACCCCUCUACUUGUAAGGUCCCCUAUCGAUCAAUGAUUCGCGAGUUGUUUGUGCUC